AUGACCAGAAGACACGCCUCCGGACUCGAUCGGCCCUGGGCGUCUCAGAUGUACGCUCAGCUGCCCGAGGAUGGCUACAUCCAUCCAGCUCCAGCUACAGCUCGGCCAGCUCCCGUACCAGCUACCACCGAUGCGCCCGUUCAACCUGAGGACUACUCAAAGCCCUAUUGCGACUUUAUGACUUCCAACCCAACUAUCUUCCACGCCGUGAAGUCUUUUUCCCAAGACCUCGAGAAACACGGCUACAAACAGCUCUCCGAACGUGCGGUGUGGACCUCGGAGCUGAAACGUGGCGGCAAGUUCUACGUCACGCGCAACGGCAGCUCGUUGAUUGCCUUCAAUAUUGGCAAGGAGUACAAGAGUGGUCAAGGUAUGGCGAUCGUGGCGGGACAUGUGGAUGCUCUCACGGCCAAGCUCAAGCCCGUUUCGAAGCUCCCCACCAAGGCUGGCUUCCUGCAGCUUGCUGUUGCCCCAUACGCCGGUGCACUGGGUCCGACCUGGUGGGAUCGUGACCUUGGUAUUGGCGGCCGUGUGAUUGUCCGCGACUCCGAAUCCGGAAAGGUCGAGCCUAGGCUGGUCAAGCUGGACUGGCCCAUCGCACGCAUCCCGACCCUCGCUCCUCAUUUUGGAGUAUCUGUGAACGGACCGUUCAACCAGGAAACUCAAAUGGUGCCCAUUAUUGGUGUUGAUAACUCCGAUCUUUUUGGGAAGUCGACGGGCGAGUCGUCUGACAUCCAGCCUGGAACUUUUGCUGCGACUCAGCCCGAAAAACUGGUCAAGAUUAUCUCGAAGGAGCUCGGUGUCACAGACUACAGCAACAUCAUUGAUUGGGAGCUGGAGCUCUUUGACACUCAGCCCGCCCAGCUUGGAGGCCUGGAGAAGGACCUGAUCUUUGCCGGUCGCAUAGACGACAAGCUCUGCUGCUACGCCGCCCACGAGGCACUCCUGGCGUCUAGCGAUGACACAUCUCCCGGUAUCGUCAAGAUGGUUGGAAUGUUUGACGAUGAAGAGAUUGGCAGUCUGCUGCGCCAGGGCGCUCGGUCAAACUUGAUGAGCAGUGUCAUGGAGCGGAUUGCCGAGGCCUUCGCUGACGGCCCCUACGGACCCAAUCUUCUCUCUCAGACCGUUGCCAAUAGCUUCCUGGUGUCGUCGGACGUCAUUCACGCUGUCAACCCCAAUUUCCUUAACGUGUACCUGGAGAAUCACUCCCCCCGCCUCAACAUCGGUGUCACGGUGUCUGCUGAUUCCAACGGCCACAUGACCACAGAUAGUGUCAGCAGCAGCAUCCUGAAGCGUAUCGCAGCUCGCUGCGGGUCGACACUGCAGGUAUUCCAGAUCCGGAACGAUAUGCGCAGUGGUGGCACAAUCGGCCCUGUGACUAGCGCGCAGAUUGGAAUGAGAGCUAUCGACUGCGGUAUCCCGCAGCUCAGCAUGCACAGCAUCCGUGCUACCACAGGAAGCUUGGACCCUGGACUUGGCGUUAAGCUGUUCAAGGGAGUCUUUGAUUACUUCGAGGAGGUCGAUAAGGAAUUUGCUGACUUCUAA